CUGAUGCCACGUACCCUGGAUGGGCAGGUCACCAUGGAGAAGACCCCCAGCUACUUCGUGACAAGGGAGGCUCCCCGACGCAUCCAUAGCAUGUCGCCGGCUACCAAGCUGAUCGUGGUGGUGCGGAAUCCAGUGACCCGGGCCAUUUCUGACUACGCCCAGACGCUCUCCAAGACCCCAGGCCUGCCCAGCUUCCGCGCUCUGGCCUUCCGCCGCGGCCUGGGCCCUGUCGACACGGCCUGGAGUGCCGUGCGCAUCGGCCUCUACGCCCAGCACCUGGACAACUGGCUGCACUACUUCCCCCUGUCACACUUCCUGUUUGUCAGCGGCGAGCGCCUGGUCAGCGACCCCGCCGGGGAGCUGGGCCGCGUACAGGACUUUCUGGGCCUCAGACGCGUGGUCACCGACAAGCACUUCUACUUCAAUGCCACCAAGGGCUUCCCUUGCCUCAAAAAGGCCCAGGGCAGUGGCCGCCCCCGCUGCUUGGGUAAAUCCAAGGGCCGGCCUCACCCCCGGGUGCCUGAGGCUGUGAUCCAGCGCUUGAAGGCUUUCUACCGGCCCUUCAACCGCAAGUUCUACCAGAUGACUGGCCAGGACUUUGGCUGGGACUGAGGACGGCCCCGCCAGCCCUGCCCCAGACACCCAGCAACUUUAAUUUAUGUCUGUCCACCUGGCCAGGCAGGCUGCUACACGUGCUGACUAGAGCGGAUAUUUAAGAAAUAAAG